GGAUUCCAAACUCACAUAUUCCUACGGAACUUAUCACGAAGCCCAUACAAAGCUCGCAACCUUGGAUAUUUCUUCCGCAAAUUGUAACUUAUCCAGUGGACCUACACUUGACACUGCGCGUUGUCGCUUACAAAGUUUACCCUGCUACUAGCUGUCGGUCAACUGGCUUCUUAUCGUAUUCUCCACUUCUUCCACAACACCUCUGUCAUGGUUCCUCUUCCGCAAGAAGACGGUGAGCGACGGCCUCUCAAGCAGGGGGACUACGGCGCUAUUCGUGUCACAAAUGACCACGACAAUUCUCUCGAAAUGGAAGAAGCGGAUGACGGCCAGGGGAAAGAUCAAGCUUCUUCCGUGCCUCCUCCUUCCUCCACAUCCAGCGACGCUGCUCACCGCGUUCUCAUCAAAACUCAAGGAUCGUUUUGGGAGGAUGCCCGGGAUUUUGCUCCGGGAAGUAUUCCCCACUCUGCUGUGCUUGCUUUGACUAUUGGUUGCGUCUGCGGCGUCGCCGCCUGGUUGUACUAUAUGUUUCUGGAAUGGGCGCUAGAUUUCUUGUGGCACGACUUGCCGGAACGAUUCGUCAUUGACUACUGGCCCGAAUACUUGUAUGUGCUGUGGAUUCCUCUCAUCGGUUUCGGUAUGGCUGUUGGAUUGGGUAUAGUGGUGAAGGUUAUGGGCGAACCGGGAGAUCUACCGUACACGGUCAAGUGUGUGCACGAGAAGGGCUACGUCGCAAUGAACCACGUAAUGCCCAUGGUUAUGGCGUCACAAUGCAGUAUUUUAGCGGGAGGAUCGCUCGGCCCGGAAGCGCCGCUCGUGGCGAUUUGUGCCGCACUCGGUGGCUUCGUCAGUCGCAGCGUUUUCGGAAUGACGGACCGGAAUCUAGUGCGCAAACACACUCUCAUGGGUAUGGCGGGAGCCUUGGCCGCAUUCUUUGGCUGUCCGCUUGGAGGAAGCUUGUUUGCCAUGGAGGUAAACAGCCGAUUCGGGAUCGAGUACUUUGAACAUACUCUCGAAGCAAUUUUAUGCGGUGAAAUCUGCCUAGUCGUAUUUCGCGCCUUGGCCGGUCUGCCUAUUCAAGCAAUCUGGGAUAUUUCGGACGACAAAUUGGAAGCCACUUCCGUAGUGGAUAUCCUAUACGGAUGCGUGCUGGGGCUCUUGGGGGCUGGAGUAGCCUGGGGGUUUGCCAACUUUCACUGGAAGGUCAUGCAUAUGUUUCAGCACUUCAAUCUACUGAAGAACGAACGCGCAAUUCACCGUGCCAUGGCGGGUGCUGUCGUGGUAGUGCUGAUGGGGAUGCUCGUUCCGCAGACCAUGUUCUGGGGCGAAUUUGAAUUCGAAACCAUUGCCACAAUGGCUCCAACCAAAGAUCUGAUGCACAUAUGGCCCACAUCAGGAUUGUUGGGGUUCGAAAUGGAUUCUUUCGGAUCAGCAAUGAUUGUUGGCGUCGCAAAGCUGAUUGCAAUUUCUUUUACGGUAUCGGGUGGAUACCGUGGAGGGUAUAUUUUCCCAGCGUUUGCUGCGGCAGCCGCCUUGGGACGCGCCAUUUCUAUUCUUUGCCCCUUUAUUCCCGUCCAGCUCUGCGUUUUGUGCAUGGCUGCUGCACUGAAUGUAGCCUUGACUCGAACCGCAUUGGCCACGACACUCAUUCUAGCGUAUUUGUCUGGCGAGCAAAACUCGAUCUCUGCCAUUCUAGCCGCGUCACUGGUGUCUCUCUUUGCGACCGGCUACAUGCCUUUCAUUCGGUCGCAAAUGGUGCGAGCCGAUUUGGACGCGAGCUUGUACUAUUCGGAAGAUUAUCCCGAAGAAGCCUUUUCUAUGACACCCAUGGCCGAUGUCCAUAAGAUGUCCAAUACUACUACCACUCCGGGAGCAGUACAAGGACGCAAAAGCAACGGUGGUGUGCAAGUAGUAUCCUACCAGAAUGAUACCGAAUGGCCUUUGCAUUACGCCUGUCGAGUAGGCAAUCUAGAACAGGUCCAAUACUUGGUAAAACAAUCAAAAGCGAGUAUCGGAAGCAAGGACGAUAUAGUGAACCAGCACGACGACAACGAUGCAACUCCUUUGUAUUACGCUGCACUGACGGGAAAUACUGACAUUUGUCGUUUUCUGCUAGAAAAGGCCGGCGCAAGAUGUCAAGGUCACGAUGGUGCUCGAGUGUUUUACGUGGCCUUGACUUCAGACCUACGGAAAUUACUACGCGUUUGGAGUUUAUCAGCGGCAACGCGCGAUCCAUAUCUAGAUCGUUGGCAAGAUGCCUUUGUGCAGGCAUCCGAAUCAGAUCAACAAGGGGAUUGUGUGUACCAUCGCCGUAGCAGCUUCCAGCAUAACUCAAAACCUUUCUGUCGGUCGAAAUCGAUUUAUUUCCAUCGAAUUGUUGUCCAAGCUCGGUGCCCCGCAUUGGCUGACUUCUUACACGAGCACUACCCGGAGUCUGCGGAGGAUAGUAAAGCUGCAAGCGAACUACGUUUGGAUGAAUAUCCUGAGGCCGUCGUUUGCGGAUUUCUGGAAUAUCUGUACACUGGGGUUUGGUAUAUUGAGAAUCUUUUGGAGCUCCGAUCACAAGCACUUGCUCUCGCAUCCAAGUUGGAACAACAAGAUUUAGUGCAAAUUAUUCAUACAAAGUGGCCGGACAUGGCAAAACGCAUUGAAGAGGAUGGCAAAGGUUUUCAAACUUCUUUGACUAUGGAAGUUUCGAGCAUUCCACGGCUGCGGAAGGACUUGCGGAAAUUGGCACACUGGGUGUCAACACCCCAUCACGAAAUUUCUUCCUUUCAUCGAUUGAACCAUCUGUUAACCUGGAGUGAUGCGACCAUCCAAUGCCGGGAUUGUUCCUGGUCAGUGCACCGCUUUGUCACGCAAUCAGUAUCCGAAUUUUUGGACCGCGCCUGGUCGGGGUCCUUUCUAGAAGCACAGGAAGGCUCUUUGAAUGUAAGCGAAAUGCCCUGCACACCCGAAGCCUGGUCGCUUGCAAUUCAAUGGAUGUACGCGGAUCAAUUCCUGACGUCUGUCGAUUCGGACACUGCUCUGGAUGUCCUGGAAUUGGCGACGACUAUCUUGUGUCCACAACUGGCCUCGUACGUGGCGAACAUUGUGCUGGUUUCCCUAGUCGAAUUGGAAAACGUUCUGGAUCUUUUGCUUCUCGCUCGAUCGUACGGGUUUGACAAAUUGGAAGAUUGCUGCAUUGGGGUUGUGGCGUUGCACAUAGAUAAGCUGGUGGGCUCAGACGACCUCCGCUCCAUCUUGACUGAGGAGGCUGCCGAAAUUAGUCAAGGUGGCGAUGUGCGGCCACAGAUUUUAUUUUUUGGAGCUUGUCAGCCGUUCGCACCUCCAUGGCAAAAUAAUAAUGGAGAAAUUGCUUUGGGUAGCGUUGGCAAUCCCAGUCGGAGAGCUACUGCAAUUCUAGUACUAGCCUGGGCGCAAACGUCGGUGACGGCCUCCAGCUGUGACGAUUCUGUCCAUUGUUCCGCUGGAUAUUACCUUGAAAGCGCUUCUUUACGCAGCGCUUCUGCUCCAUGUAUUGCGAUCGGAAAAGGGUUCUGGAGCCCGUCGUUUGAUAACAAUCGCCAUUCGUGCCAAAUCCUACCGCUCUACGUGGCAGCUAGCGUUGCCUUGCCUUUUGCCGGUACAACCGACGAUGUAACUGGAUCGGAGCGUUAUCGUUUGCGUGAGGAAACCGAAAGGUUGUCUGCUUUCCGGGACGCGUGCGAGCGGCCUGGCGGGAGUUCACUAACUUUCAUGGAAACUCCACCUGCUAUGACGUCGAGAAGAUCCACUUCUCAUAACAGCGUCUACAUACCGCUAGAGCCUUUUCUUUCCAUUUUCAUAGUGGUCAUGCUAGCCAUCUUUUUUACGGCCAUUCUCGAUAGAAGAGCGAACGACAACGAGCUAGAACUUGAAACGCUUCGAGCUCAGACGGCACAAGAGAUUGCAGCCUUACGAAAGAUGCUUUUGGAUUUCCAGUUGAAGGCAGACCGUAAUUGUAUAGACUAA